AUGCGCGAAACGAAGCCGUUCCUUGAGCCCCUGCGACAGGCGCUCUUCCUCAGCAAUGUGAGUUGUUUUUUAAAGUUGAAAGAGUUUAUUUUGGAUGAAAAAUAUCUGAUUUGUUAAAAAAAAACUACGUUAGUGAUGAAAGUCAGAUUAUUUUUUUAAAAUGUUUCUUGGAAAUUGUAGAGUAGAACUUUGUUAAUAAUUUUUGUUGACUCUCUAUUGAAAAACAGUUCAUUUUUGAGUAGUUAGAGAAAAUUUUGAGACUUGCAGAUAAUUGCUAGAGAAAAUACCAAAAAAAAAGAAGUUUUUUCCUGGUGGAGCAAAUCGGUUCAAACAAACUUUACUCACAAAGGUCAAACACGUCAAAUGCAACAAUAAAAAUCCACGACAUCGAGGGUCCCUGACACAUUAGAGCCUAAAAUUUGAAAAUUAGCUAAUCAGCUGAAAUUUCCGAAAAAUCGAAAAAAUGGCACCGGGGGCUCCUGACCAAGAAAAACCCACAAGUAUCGAAAAAUCGUCAUUUUCAACAUUAAUCGAUUUUUUUUCUGCAGGUAGGAAAUUUUUCCCAGAGUCCCUAUCAGCCCGAAAAAUGCUCAAAAUGGCAUAAUAUUCACGUUAAAGUUUGUUUGAACCGAUUUGUUCCACCAGGAAAAAACUUAGUUUUUUUUUUUGGUAUUUUCUCUACCGUAACCCUGAAAGUGGGCGGAGCCUCUAAAAACCAAGUUUUAUGAGUUGAAGAAGUUAUGUAGUAUCUCUGAUAGCAAAACGGGCUCUGAAGAACCAACUUGAAAUUCUUGUACCAAGAGAUUUCUCAGUACAUCGAUUUUCUCGGAGAACGUGUGUUGAGAUCCUCAAGAAUUGAAAUCACGUUUUUGAGAACAAGGACUUCAAAUUUUUCGUUUUCAGAAACUCGAAGAAUUUUUUUAGGCAUCUAUUCUUGAAAAGUUUUAGCUUGGGUAGAAUACGUUUUUCAAGAUCUACAUAUGUUUAAAAAAAAAUUCCUCUUUGUUUUUAUUCGACUGUAAACGGAAAUAAAAAAAGCAGAAAGGUGACAAAACGAUAUAGUUCAUCAAGCAGUUCCGUUCUCCGGAAAUUUCCGAGCUCUCAAGUCUUCUUCCUUUUAGGACAUUUAAAAAGAAGUUAAGAAUAAAUGGAACGAUUUGAGGAAACGGUGGGCGUUCGAAUGAAGGACACGGCGCUGGGGCUCAUCGACGGCUACACGGCGUUCUGUGAAUGGGCGCUGGUCGAGGUCGCCGAGCUGCUCCAGUCCCGCUCGUUGCUUCCCAAAUACCUGCUAGAACUCGGCAAACAAGUCAUGCUAGUGCCUCUGACGAUCCUCGGCCUCGUCCUCCGGGGCAUGGUCUAUUUUAUCUGGCUCCUCCUCUCCCCCAUCCGUUAUUGUCAGUGGUUCGCGACGAGUUUCCCUUUCUUCACUCUUGUCACGCUCCUCUCUGUAAUCGCUUUUUUCUAUAUGGUCAAACGUGUCUCUGAUGUUUCCUUCGUCAAUUACUUCAUCAACAAUGUCUUGCCCUACGCCUUGGCCUGGUUCUUCACUAUCGUCGGCUUCUUCUUCCCGCAGGUAGAAUCUAAAAUGGAAUAUUUCGAACCGAAUGUUUUUUCAGGUUCAUGUAUUCACUGCAGUUAUGCGAAUCGCCUUGCACCCUGUAGAAUGGAUCUUGGGAAUCGCAGAAAAAGUCGACCAGAGGUAAAUAUUGAAAAAUUUUUUUAAAUUGAAAAAUAAUCAACUUUCAGAGCCAUUCCUAUCCGCAGGACUGUCGAAUCUUUGACGUGAGUUUGUCUUUUCGGCAUUUUCGGUGGUUUAGUUGAAAAAUUCACUUCUUUGGCGAAGUGAGAAAAUUUCUAAAAGUUUUGAAGUUUUGAUUUUCAUUUUAUUCAAUGGGUUCAUCAGCUUUUACGAAAGUUUUCGGUCACUAUUCUUUAUCCUUCAUAGUAUCGAUAGAACGACUAUAUUAGUUCAGUUGAAUUUGAGGAGUUGAAGGAAAGUGUAAAAUAGCUACAGAGCAGAUUAUUUACUAUAUAUGAAAGUGUUAAAGAUCAAAUUUUUCGUUUCAAAAGGAAGUUUUGUACGAAAAGGUUCACCAAAUAAAUGUUCAAUCUUCCUGGUAUGAGUAAAUCUCCAUGCGGGUGGUCUAUUCAUGUGGUUUUUGUUAAAAACAAAUCAAAGAAUUUAUCUUACGAAAUUUGAAAAGCUAAAAGUGGAAGCACUAUCUUCAGUACUGAUGAACGUUCACGCAGCGUAAAUUUGAGAGCGUAAAGUAAAUUCAAAACGAAAUAUUUUUGUUUUAUUCUUAUUUAAUUCUUCCAUCCAACAAAAUUCGCAUAUUUUAGAAUAGAGUUAAAGUUUACAUGAUUAGACUCGUUCAAGCUGUGAAAACGUUCAUGCGUACGGUUUCAGAAUAAAAAGCACGAUUUUUUUUCCAUUUCGAAAUUUUCAGACGCGAGGACCGUAUGACGUGCAGUGUGUGUCUUCUGCGCGAAAAAUCAGUGAUGGUGGUUCCUUGCCAGCAUUUGUGCAUGUGUGACCAGUGCAACGACGUCCUCACCGCCAAUCCCAACGCCAUUUGUCCCGUUUGCCGCAACAAAAUAUCCUCUACCAUCAAAGUAAAAAUCUAG